CCAAGAUGGCGGCGCCCAUGAGGGCAGAGUGAGCUGGGCCCCUGAGGGAGCGAGGCCAUUGGCCCAAGCACAGCGAGACACCCGUGGCACGUGGAUGUGUGAAAGUUUGGGCGGGUUCCUGCCUUCCCUGAACCUCCAGAGCUGGACAAAGAGAAACUCAGAGAGCCCCACUCAUCUUUUGGGGGUCUGUGAGGCGCUUUUCAGGGUGCAAGAUGACCACUCACGUGCACGCCCCAUCCGGCUCCUCCGUAGAAGAGGCGGAAUUCAGAAGAUUAAGGAUCCUUGACACUGUGGGGAGAAACUUGGAUCGCCUGAAUUCAAAAGACAGGAGGUUGUACGCCUACGGACCGUUGUAUCUGGGAACGACUGGGGCCAUUUGUGGAAUUUUGGGAAACUACCUUCUCCGGCAAAACCUGAAGGUCACCCAGCACCCCGUAAAGACGUACGUGCCGUUGGCCGUGAUACCCUUCCUGUCGACGGCCGUGGUCUACAAACUUCUGGUGGUGGACCCUUUAAAGGCGGGUGAUUUGAGUCCAGAGCAGUGUGUUCUAAGAGGUGGAUUUUUUGGAUUAACACUAGGUGCAGGAUACCCCACUGCUCUGGCUUUCCUUAAAAACGGUCGCCUGGCUGUCAAGUAUGAAACCGUCCCCCUGCCACCCAAAGGAAAAGCAAUACUGUACUGGGCGACGCUGUGCCACCCGGCCUGCAAGCUGAUGAGCCUCUCUAUGAUCGUGCAGGUCUUCUUCGGAAGCCUGCUGGGCUACAAAUACCACGAAAUGUUUCAAAAUCUGCUGGAGUGAUGGACGCGCAAGCCCGCCGUCAGCGCGGAUCGUGGGCUGGAGGGGGCUUGGAGGAAAAACGGGCGUUAGCCGCUGCAGCGCAACGGCACGUGCGCCUUGAGCGUCAAUAAAAAACUCCUUUUUCAGGACAUCCGGACCGUGAGGGCGGAGGCGACUUUCCUGUGGGCGUGCGCAUCCCUGCCACAGUCUCAGAAUAUCAUCAUCAAUCGUAUUUAUUGAGCGCUUACUGUGUGCAGAGCACUGUACUAAGCGCUUGGGAAGCACAAAUUGGCAACAUCUAGAGACGGUCCCUACCCAACCGUGGGCUCACAGUCUAAAAGAAUAUCAAGCGGUCGUCCAUCAGUUGUGUCAGAGAAGCAGCGUGGCUCAGCGGAGAGAGCCCGGGCUUUGGAGUCGGAGGUCGUGGGUUCAA